CCCACCUGGCAGCUCCGCGACCCUCCCGACCCUCCGAGUGACGAGGGGGGGGAGUGAGAGGAAGCCGGCGAUGGCCGAGAAGUGCGACUGCAUCGCCAGCGCCUACGGCUACGACCUGGGCUGCCGCUUCGGGAACUUCCGCCCCCUGGGCUUCGGGGCCAACGGGCUGGUGCUGUCGGCCCUGGACAGCGAGAGCUGCCGCAAAGUGGCGGUGAAGAAGCUGGCGCUCGGCGACGCCCGCAGCCUGAAGCACGCCUUCCGCGAGGUCAAGAUCAUCCGCCGCCUGGACCACGAGAACAUCGUCAAGGUCUACGAGGUGCUGGGGCCCAAGGGCGCCCGCCUGCGCGGCGACUUCUUCAAGCUCAACGUGGUGUACGUCGUGCAGGAGUACAUGGAGACCGACCUGGCGCGGCUGCUGGAGCAGGGCAAGCUGGCCGAGGAGCACGCCAAGCUCUUCAUGUACCAGCUGCUGCGCGGGCUCAAGUACAUCCACUCGGCCAACGUCCUGCACCGCGACCUCAAGCCGGCCAACAUCUUCAUCAGCCCCGAGGACCUGGUGCUGAAGAUCG